UCCCGGUGCCUGUGAGAGAGUUGCCGAAGAGGCUGAAGGAGAGGAGAGGCUCUUUCUUGGCUGCGAGAGCCUGGAGGCUUUAUUUAGACCCCACAAUGCAUGAGCUCAUUAUCCAAACCCUCAGACCCUGAUAUGGAGUCUGGAGAGCGGCUAGCCUCCCCGUCUGCGGCCCCGUCCUCCCUGCUCAGCGCCCCAGCCGCCUCCGCUGCCACCGCCUCCGCCUCCGCCUCGCCCCCCAACCCCCCCUCCAAGAGCAGCCUGGCCGCCAGCCCCGCUACCCUGGGCUCCACUCUCACCACCUGUGGGCACGUCUUCCGAGCGGGAAGCGAUCAGCCUUUCACUGUCUCAAGUGCCUUCCCAAUGGUCAGCCACCAUGCCUUCGGCCUACACACCAGCUCCGCGGGCCGCUCUGAGUUCGGAGGCCUGGGCUCCCUGGGCAUGUCCGCGGCCUUGGCUGCCCAUCCUCAGCUUGCCAGCUUCCCAGAGUGGUGGCGUGCCUCUGAGGCUCAUGGCCGAGGGGUGGCUGCUGCUGCUGCGUUCUUCCCUCCUCUCCUCGGUCUACCGCCCCUGUUUACCCCGCCAGUCCAGAGCGCCGACCCCAGCGGGCCCUUUCAGUCCCGCACCCCCACCAAGAACGGACGCGCCUCAUCCAAAGGGGUGAAUGGCACCAUCAAUGGGAGUGGAGCUUUGACGGGCUCUGGAGGGGGAGCGUCCUCUACCCCCUCCCCAGCACUCGGGGCCGCAGAGUCCUCAAAGGCCCCCGGCUCGUUGCCCCGGAGCCGGAAGAACAACCAGGAGCUGGGCCGCACGGCGGAGAAGCUCGUCCAGAAAUUGAAAGAGAAGAAACUCGUCAAGAAAGCGGUAGAAAUCUCUAGCAACAGCGACAGCGAAUCAGGAUCCUCUUCCGACAUCUCGAGCGAUGGCGUAAGCAGCAGCGACUUGGACGACCUCGAAGACGAUGAUGAAGAAGACGAGGACGGCGACGAUCAGAGCAAUGACAGCGACGACUCCGACCUGGAGAAAGAAAGGGCGGUCAACAGGAAGGUCAAGUCACUGAUGCGGAGCCCCUCAGACAGUCAGAAGGCCACCCUUCCCCAUGUGGCUGGUGACAAACCCAGCCAGGACCAGAGGGGGGGCGCCCAGUCGCGCAGACCUCCCGUUGGGGAGGGUCUUCUCUCUGCCCGCUACCCCACCCAGUCCCCCCCUCCGGCCCCCGGCCUGCCCCAGAACCAGCCGCCAUCCCUGCUCUUCGCCGGCUCCAGGCCCAGGGAGGAGAGCAGUCCCAAGCAGCACCGCAGCGUCAUCCAGGCCAUCGGGUUGGCGGCCAGCGCCAAGCCCCUGUCCCUGGUCACCCAGUCCCGCCGAGAGUCCUCGCCCGUCCCCCUGGUGUCCUCGCCCAAGCACCGUUCGCUCUCCUCCUCGCCCAAGCCGCCGUCCGUCUCCUCCUCCUCGCCCAAGCCCCUCUCCCUCUGCUCGUCCCCCAAGCCGCUGUCGCUCUCGCCCUCGCCGCGGCCGCCCUCGCUCUCGUCCUCCCCGAAGCCCCCGACGCUGUCCCCCUCACACAGGCCCAAAGCUGCGACCGCAUCCUCCAAACCCCCGGUGCUCACCGACAGUCUCAAGCUCAGCAGUCGGAGCUUCCUGGACGAGACCCUCUUACAAAUCAGCAACUUCAAAAUGAAACAGCCGUUCCUGUCCCAGGAGUACUUCAAACAGGCUUUCCCUCUGCAACAGAAGAACCAGCAGGAGUUGUCGUUGUCUCAGAAGAGCCAGAAAAAGCACUCAUCUUCCUCAUCAUCUUCCUCUUCCUCGCUGCCUCUUCCUAAACUCUCGUCUUUAGAGAGCAUCUCCGCCGCCGCCGGCCACAAGCUCCUGUCUCCCUACAGCAGCGCCCACUCCAACCUGUUCCUGGCCGGCACGCUGCUGGGGCAUCCGCACUCGCCGCAGGCCAACGGGGUCAUCCAGAGCGCCGUGCAGGAGGCCCCCCUGGCGCUCAUCACCAAGCCGCGCGGCCACGGGCGCACCCCUGAUCGACCCCUGCUGGCCGCCACCAGCCCCCCCUUCUCCACGCCCGUCAACCUCACCACGGGUGCCCGCGAGCACUCCCUGUCAACGCCCACGUCCGCGUCGUCCACCGUCAUCUCGGCCUCGGCCACGCCGGGGGUGCCGACGCAGGCCACCAGCUCGCCCAGGCCUCGCAAGGGCAAGCCCAGCAAGGUGACCACGAUGGCGCCAAUGGCGGCGGCGGCGGCGGUGAUGGGGCCCAGCACGGGGCAGCAGAGCCACCUGGUGCAGUCGCUGGUGGACCUGUUUCGCGGGACUGAGUCGGACAUCCCCAGCAGCAAGGACUCCAAUGACUCGGCUGAGGAUGAGGAGGACUGGGACGACGACGAUGAAGACGAGGAUGACGAUGACGAAGAUUCAGAUGACAGCCAAUCAGACUCUGAGAGCAACUUGAGUGACACGGAUGCGUCCGAGAGCCUGAAGGAGCGAAGCGAGAAGGCCACCGACACCGAGGCGGAGAGGACCCCGCUCAAGCUGACCAAAGCCUCCAGCCUGCUGAGCUCCUCCGCGAGCCUGUCCGCCAGCCUGUCCCCGCUCAACCUGCAGGUCAUCAAAGCCCCCAGCAUGACCACGCCCACCAUAGUGACCAGCGCCUCGACACUGGCCUAUCACAGCACACCGUCCUCCUCCUUCUCUUUCAGCCCUUCUCCAGGCUCAGGAGCGAGGAGGAAGAGAGUGACAGACGAACAGGAGCUGAGGAUCCCUCUGGAGUUGGGGUGGCAGAGGGAGACCCGCAUCAGGAACGUAGGCGGGCGUCUUCAAGGGGAUGUGGCGUACUACGCUCCCUGUGGCAAGAAGCUGCGACAGUAUCCAGAUGUUGUUAAGUAUUUGGCCAGAAAUGGAAUAUGUGAUAUCACACGUGAUAACUUCAGCUUCAGCGCAAAGAUUAAAGUUGGUGACUUCUAUGAAGCCAGAGAGGGUCCUGAGGGCUUGCAGUGGGUCCUGCUGAAGGAGGAAGAGGUCAUUCCCCGAAUCUUAGCCAUGGAGGGGAGACGCGGGCGUCCCCCCCAACCUGACCAGCAGCAGCAGCCGUCCCCGGGCGAAAGCUCCCAGAGCAGGCGCAGGAAGGGUCGCCCGCCCAACGUGGCAGACUUCCCCAGCCCAAGCGAUGCCAAGCUCCUCCGCAAGCUUGAGGCUCAAGAAAUUGCACGACAGGCCGCUCAGAUCAAAAUGAUGCGGAAGCUCGAGAAGCAGGCCAUGGCCCGGGCUGCCAAGGAGGCCAGGAAGCAGCAAGCCAUCAUGGCGGCCGAGGAGAAGAGGCGUCAGAAGGAGCAGAUGAAGAUUCUCAAGCAGCAGGAGAAGAUCAAGCGGAUUCAGCAAAUUCGCAUGGAGAAAGAGCUUCGGGCACAGCAGAUUCUUGAGGCCAAGCGGAAGAAGAAGGAGGAAGCGGCCAAUGCCAAAAUCCUGGAGGCUGAGAAACGCAUUAAGGAGAAGGAGAUGCGGCGACAGCAGGCAGUCAUUCUGAAGCACCAGGAGUUGGAGAGGCUUAGACUAGAUAUGGAGAGGGAGAGGAGGCGGCAGCACAUGAUGCUGAUGAAAGCUGUGGAGGCCAGGAAGAAAGCCGAGGAGAGGGAGCGGGUGAAGCAGGAGAAGCGUGAUGAGAAGCGCUUGAACAAGGAGCGCAGGCUGGAGCUGCGCAGGCUGGAGCUGGAGAUGGCCCGCGAGCUGAAGAAGCCCAAUGAAGACAUGUGCCUGGCCGAUCACAAGCCUCUACCCGAGUUAUCCCGUGUGCCGGGUCUUCUCCUGCCGGGCGCCACCUUCUCCGAGUGCCUGAUGGUGCUGCAGUUCCUGCGCAGCUUCGGCCACGUGCUGGGCAUGGACCCUGCGGCCGAUGUGCCGGGGCUGGGGGCGCUGCAGGAGGGGCUGCUCAACGCGGGCCCUGCCGCCCAGCUGCUCCAGGACCUCCUGGUGCGCAUGCUCACCGCAGCCGUCUCCGACCCCGGCCUGCCCCCUGGACACAGGGCCAAAACGGCCUUGGGGGAGCACCUGACCAACGUUGGCAUCAACCGGGACAACGUGUCGGAGAUCCUGCAGAUCUACAUGGACGCCCAUUGCGGGCCGCUGCAGACGGAGCUGGCGGCGCUGGCCCAGAGCCUGAAGACCAAGGCCUUCCAGGCGCACAGUCCGGCCCAGAAGGCCUCCAUCCUGGCCUUCCUGGUCAACGAGCUAGCCUGCAGCAAGAGCGUGGUCAGUGAAAUUGACAAAAACAUCGAUCACAUGACAAACUUGAGGAGAGACAAGUGGGUGAUUGAGGGCAAGCUUCGCAAGAUGAGGAGUGUCCACGCCAAGCGGACGGGCAAGAGGGACAGCAACAUUGGAGGGGAGGAGACUCCGUCCAUGGGCACGCCCUCGGCCGGCCGCAAGCGCAAGCGGAAAGGAGGGGACAGUGACGACGACGAGGAUGAGGACGAGGACAGCGAGGAGGACGAAGAUGAUGAUGAAGAUGACGAUGUGGUGAAGAAAGGGAAGAAAGUGGAGACUUGUGAAGAUGAGGAUGAGAUGGACCAGGCCGCCAGUGUGGAGGAACUGGAGAAGCAGAUUGAGAAACUAUCAAAGCAACAGAUCCAGAUCCGCCGUAAGCUGUUUGAGUCGUCCGGCUCGCUGCGCUUCAUGAUGUUCGGGCAGGACCGCUACAAGCGGCGCUACUGGGUCCUGCCUCAGUGCGGCGGCAUCUUCGUGGAGGGCAUGGAGAGCGGAGAAGGAGCCGAGGAGUUGGAGAGGGAGAGGGCGCGCGCGAGGACCGCCGAGCACGUCCAGGUGAAAGAGGAGCCGGCGGAAGACAAGGAGAUGGCCGAGGAGGAGGAGGAGGAGGAGGAGGAGGCGAAGUCGCUGGGGGUCAGCGUGGAGGUCAAGCAGGAGCGCGAGACGCCCACCCCCGAGCGGCAUGGCGAGGCGGACUCGCUCAACCUCUUCCUGCAGAAGCCCGGCUCUUUCUCCAAGCUCAGCAAGCUGCUGGAGGUGGCCAAGAUGUCGCCCGAGCAGAGCAGCAGCCCCUCGCGGAGUCACGACGGCAGCCCCGCCGCGGCAGCAGGCACGGCCUCCGCCGGCUCCCCGGCCAACACGCCCACCACCUUUCCCAGCAGCCCCUCGGCCGCGUCCGGCGGCCAGCACGCGCCUGCGGAGGCCAAGCCCGACCUGGGCGCUGCCUUGGCGCACCCCCUGCUCCUCCCCGGCGGCUCUUACCUCAACGGCCCCGGCAACAAGGCCCCCGGCGGCUACCCGCAGCCGCUCCUGCCCAACGACCAGCUCUUCCGCGUGCUGACCGAGAAGAGCGGCCACUGGUUCAGCCUGCUGCCGCGCUCCCCCUGCGACAGCUCCUCGCUGACGGCCAGCCCCACCCCGCCACCCGCUCCACCGCCCCCCGCGGCCACCUCCCCCACCCAGCCCACCCCUGCUGCCCUGCGGCCCAAGUCCCCCUCCUCGCUGUCCCCCCCCAACCCCUCAGCCACCUCUGCAGCCGCCACCUCCUCCUCCGCCUCUGCCUCUCCGAGCCCCAGCAACCCCGGCAGCUCCGCUUCGGCAAUCAAUAACUUCCCAUUAUCGCCUCUGCAGGUGAAGUCGGGCAUGAAUUUAAUGGGGAUGCCCUUCUGCGGGUGGCCCCCGGGCAUGAUGAGCCCCAACCUGCACUUUCCUGGCGCCGGCUCGCUCCCCUCAGUGAUGGGCAUGGCGUACCCGUCCAUAGAGGGCAACGGCAGCGCCAACCCCUUCCUGACGCCCAGCGCGGCCACCAGCAAGAGCGAGUCCCCGGGGCCACCCAGCGACAAGCUGCCCUUUGCGCCCUCUCCGGUCUUGGAGGUGGCCAAACCGCCUGACUACCCCUGCCCCCGGCCCAUACCCGAGGAAAUGAUGACUGGCUGGUGGAGGUUGGGGGACCAGGAGGAGCUGCGCUGCCUGGUGAAGGCUCUGCACAGCCGGGGCAUCAGGGAGAAGGCCCUGCAGAAGCAGUUCCAGAAGCACAUGGACUACAUCACACAGUCCUGUACCAAGCACAGAGAGGUGUCUGUGAUUGACGUGGCGGAGCUGGAGGAGAACCAGGUGACGGAGGAGAUCCUGGAGAGCUGGUGUGUGGAGGAGCAGGCCAUGGAGGUGGACAUCGCUGCUCUCCAGCAGGUGGAGGAGAUGGAGAGGAAGGUCACUUCGGCCAGCCUACAGGUCAAGGGCUGGAUGUUCCCUGAACCGCAGUCGGAGCGGGAGGAUCUGGUCUACCACGAGCACAAGCCCCUGGCCAAGCUGAGCCCGGCGGGCGGCAAGGCCUCUGGCGAGGAGCGUGCGGACGGCAACACUGGCGGCAUAGCGCGGCGCCCCAACAACCCGCUCGAUCUAGCCGUGGCCCGACUGGCCGAGCUGGAGCGCAACAUCGAGCGAAGGUACCUGAAGAGCCCCUUAAGUACCACCAUUCAGAUCAGGCUGGAUAAUGUGGGUACAGUCACUGUCCCUGCUCCUGCACCAUCCAGUAGUGCUGAUGGUGAUGGUGGUCAAGAGGACGUGGCCCCAGGCAUGAAGGUGUGGCGGAAGGCCCUGAAUGAUGUCCGCAGUGCCUCCCAGCUGGCCCUAUGCAUCCAACAGCUGCAGAAGUCCAUUGCCUGGGAGAGGUCCAUCAUGAAAGUGUUCUGCCAGAUGUGCCGUAAGGGCGACAACGAGGAGCUCCUCCUGCUGUGUGACGGCUGUGAUAAGGGCUGCCACACCUACUGCCACCGGCCCAAGAUCACCACCAUCCCAGACGGAGACUGGUUCUGCCCGGCCUGUAUAUCCAAGGCGAGCGGUCAGUCCCCAAAGAACAAGAAACUGCAGAGCCGAACCACAGGGGCAGCGUCCGGCACAGCAGCAGGAGCAGGAGGAAAUGGUAGUGGAGGAGGAGGAGGAGGUGGAGGAGGAGCAGAUAGAGGUGGAGGAGGAGCAACAGCAGGAGGUGGAGGAGGAGGAGGAGGUAAGAAGAGCACUGAGGUGAAGAAGAGCAGGAAGUCAUCAGAGGCUUCUGAGGAGGACGUGGCGAGCACCAGCAGCAGCACUCCCAAGAAAGCAGCAAAAGAGACCAAGAAAAGGAAAGCCGAGGAGAGUCCAGCCCCAGCCCCAGCCCAGCCCAAGCAGGACAGCCCUGCCCACGUCAAGAAGGCAAAGACAGCUGGUGUGGUCCAGGACAACGAAAGAGACCUGACUUUAUGCAGGAUACUGCUUGCAGAUUUGGAGAGCCAUCCGGAUGCUUGGCCUUUUCUUAAUCCAGUGAACGCCAAGGCUGUCCCUGGCUACAGAAAAGUCAUCAAAAAGCCCAUGGACCUCGCCACCAUUAAGGAAAAAAUUGCCAAUAACCAGUACCUGAACCUCGAGACUUUCAUCAUUGAUGUUAACCUGAUUUUUGACAACUGCGAGAAAUUCAACGAGGACAAUUCCGACAUCGGACGAGCAGGACACAGCAUGAGGAAGUUCUUCGAGAAAAGAUGGCCCGAACUGUUGAAGCAAACAAACUAGACUUGAUUUAUUUUGUUUCGUUUUUGUUUUUUUCUUACUUGACUCUCCUCACAAAGGACCAGCCUCUGCUACGGCCGAACUGAUGAAGCUGAGCACUUGAAAUCACUUCUGAGAACAUUGGUUCAGAGCCAUGCGUUCCUCUUGUUAGGCAACCAAGGCACCAACACGUGGAACAGGAACAGUAGAUGCGCGCAGCCAGGUGGACACUAAUGUGCACUGCUGCCGGAAUGGGAACAGUCGGAGGCACCCAACCAGGUCCAGGUGACUGGAUGUCUUCUAGUGCAAUACCUUUUCCUUUAAAAAAAAACAAACAAACAAAAACUUACAGCACUGAAACUACUACCAUCAGAACUGUGGACUGAUCGCCCUUCACUCCCUGUAAAUAGAUUUCUUUUUGUUUCCUCUUCUUUUUAAAACUUUGCCAUUAAUAUUACAGUGAAUGUAUUUAAUUAUUAUGUUAAUUAUUUAUGAGUAAAAUUGUUCUGUCUUUCAUUUUCUAUGAAAAGAAAAAAAACGGCGAAAAUGCUUUAAAAUAGCAGAGGAAUGUUUUUUCUUUUAAAAAAUGAAAAUAAAAAAAUAAAGCCAAGACAAGUAAUUGUUUACACUUUUCUGUGCUCCUGAGCAUCAGAUGAUACAAAAAGAGAGAAAACUGUAGAUCUGUAUUGGUGUAGAAAUGUGUUUGUAUCCUCCUGACAAAAUACAAUGAUCUCUGUA